GUGGGACUGCCUGAGAGACAGAGAGACAGAGAGACAGAGAGACAGAGACAGCUCUGCACUCCAGAGACUGCCAGCUGUCGGGGAGCCCACGGGAGGGACGCAUGGAACCCCAAGACUUGCAGAGGCAGCCACUGGGCGGCGCCGCUGAGGUCCAGAUGUGCCAAGCCAUCUUCCCUUCCCACGCCAACCACCUCGGGGAGCUGAGCGCUGGCCAACUGCUCAAAUGGAUUGACACCACCGCCUGCCUGGCAGCUGAAAAACAUGCUGGAGUCUCCUGUGUAACAGCAUCAAUGGAUGACAUACAGUUUGAAGAGACAGCCAGGGUAGGACAGAUGAUCAAUAUCAAAGCUAAAGUCAUCAGAGCAUUCAACACCAGCAUGGAGAUUGGCAUUAAAGUCAUAGUACAAGACACCUUUAGCAGAAUUCAGAAACUCGUUAGUGUGGCUUUUUCUACAUUUGUAGCUAAACCAGUUGGAGAAGAAAAGGUUCGUUUAAAGCCCGUCACCCUCCUGACAGAACAAGACCAAGUGGAGCAUGAUCUGGCUUCAGAGAGAAGGAAAGUCAGACUCCAGCAGGAGGACACCUUCCAAAGCCUGAUGAGGGAGAGCAGCAGGUUUGAUGAUGUCAUCUGUGAUCAGGAGGACGGAAUGGUAUCAACUGGUGAUACCUGGGUACAAAGCAUUGAGCUUGUCCUGCCACCCCAUGCAAACCAUCAUGGAAAUACAUUUGGAGGCCAGAUUAUGGCUUGGAUGGAGACCGUAGCUAACAUUUCAGCAAGCCGCCUCUGUGGCUCACAUCCCAUUCUAAAGUCGGUGGAUAUGUUUAAAUUUCGGGGACCAUCUACUGUUGGUGAUCGCCUUGUCUUCAAUGCCAUUGUGAACAAUACUUUUCAGAACUGUGUUGAAGUUGGGGUUCGUGUUGAGGCCUACAACUGUGAUGAAUGGUCCAAAGGCCAAGGCCGGCAUAUCAACAGUGCCUUUCUCAUUUAUUAUGCUAUUGAUGAUAAUGAAGAAGUCAUCAUGUUCCCUAGAGUCAAGCCUAUUUCAAAGGAUGAUGUUAGAAGGUAUCGUGGAGCUAUUGCACGUAAGAGAAUACGCCUUGGCAGGAAAUAUGUUAUUUCUCACAAAGAAGACAUUCCACUUUGUGUUCACUGGGAUGCCAGCAAUCAGGCAUACCUGAGUCACAGCAAUGUGGAUGCUCUCAAGGGCCUGGCAGCCAAAAGUGGUUGGGAAGUCACCAGUGCCGUGGGAAAGAUCAAAAUGCAUACCUUGGAGGAGAGUGAUGUUUUAUCAGUAUGGGUAGAAAAGCAAGUAGAGAGACCAGCUAACUUAGCUUUUGACCUCCUGUCUGACUUCACAAAGCGGCCUCAGUGGGACCCCCAUUACUUGUCUUGCGAGGUCAUAGACUUGGUGAGUGAUGAUGACACAAUAUAUUAUAUCACCUGUCCAAAAGUGAGUGGCAGUAAACCCAUAGAUUUGGUUGUCCUUGUAUCACGAAGAAAACCUGUCAAAGAUAGUAACACUUACGUAGUAGCAGUCAAGUCCGUCACCCUGGCAUCGGUCCCCCCUUCUCCGCAGUACAACAGAAGUGAGAUCACACGUGCGGGAUUCCUAAUACAGGCUGUUGACAGCAGCUCUUGCACGGUGUCAUACAUGAUCCAAAUUUCUUCUAGCACCCUACCUUAUUUUGCUGGAAAUCUUGGUGGCUGGUCAAGGUCCAUUGAGGAAACAGCUGCUUCAUGUAUACAGUUCAUAGAAAAAACAACUAUUGGCAGAUUUAUCAACAAAUAAUAUUUAAAAUAGUACAGCUCUCAGUGGUCUAUUUGUGGACUACCCAUUUUGUGGAUUACUUGCAGCAGUUUUUGAUUCCAAGGCCACUUUCCCCUGGCAUCCAACAGGCUUGUGAGUCAGGGAACUAAUUUUGUUGUUUUUGUUUGUUUACUUGUUUGGUUUUUUUUUCAGGCAAUGGGGGUUAAGUGACUUGCCCAGGGUCACACAGCUAGUAAAUGUCAAGUGUCUGAGGCCAGAUUUGAACUCAGGUACUCCUGAAUCACCACUGCGCCAUCUAGCUGCCCCACUAAUUUUUAUAUUAGCCUAAAUAAAAUGGAAUCAUGAAGAUGAUUUAGAAAAUCAUAAAAUUCAUUCCAGUACUUCAGGGAUCAAUGAUUUGGUGGGUGUGGGUCUUUCCUUCACCUACAUCAAUCACAACCAGUCCCACCUUACCAGAUGGUUUGAUGAAUUUCUGUGGCCAAGCCCCUUGUGACAAGCCUUUGUAACCAGAGCUGUUCUGGCCUUGGGUGACAGAUACACCAUCUUUCCAGAGGUUCAUAAUGAAAAACUUUAUACAUUAAAAAGACUGGCCAGAGCUUGGUCCUUGCUGACACAGCUUUCAAAAAAUCUUCAGUGUCACAGUGAGGCACCAGAGUGGAUCUUUAGUGGCAUGUACAUUCCAAGGUCAGGUUUAAAUGACUAUUUAUUUGUACAUUCUACUGGAUCCACCAUGCCCCUGCUCCCCUCUGGUGGCUUGGGUAACUGAGAGUUGACUGUUAUGUAAUAUUAUAUAUAUAUAUAUAUAUAUAUAUAUAUAUAUAUAUAUAUAUAUAUAUAAAUAAAUUGAUAUGGAAGUAGGAAAGGUGCUCUUAAAUUUUUUUUAAGAACUAAAUGGUUGUAACAGUGUGACUGGCGUUCAAUUUACAUCUUUGGAAAACCUGAAAUGAAGACUGGUUAGAAACUGAAUAGUUGAUUAAUAGGAUGACAUUGUUUCAUGGGAACAGCAGGUGCCUGUAUGUCAGAAGCAUCUGACAAGAUGUAUUACACUUUUAGAGCUUGAAAUUAGGAGGACAUUAAAACAUAAUGGAAUCCAAUCAAUUUCGGUAAUAGGAACUACUUACUGGUGUCAUUUAAUAUAUAUUCAAGGUGGCUGAUCAAUUUAGUAUCUAUUGCUAUAUAUACAUGUAAAGUACCUGCAAAAUGUGAUAUCGAGAGGUAAAAGAACAUUAAGUGAACUCUUCUUUCAGAACUAUGACAUUAGCACUUAUUCUUUGACAUUCAUCCUCUCCUCUAGCUCUCCAUGAAUUGGAUUGGUCCUAAAGGCAAAUCAGCCUUUUCCAGGUGAGCCUCCUCUUUGGGGGAAUCUUUCUAUAGUCUAGAACCAUUAACUUGAAUUCUUAUAAAGUCAGGGCCCUCAUCUUAGCAUUUUGCCACUGUCACCCACCCCUUCAAAUCCUCCACCCCCCACACCUUUCCAGGAUAAACCUGUUAUAAUUAUUUUAAAUUAUGUUCCAUCAGCCUCUCUAAAACAGGAUUUUUAGAAAUAAAGUCUAUAGUUAUCCAAAGCUAUUUUUCUGGAUUCAUUAAAAACAAAAUUGGAAUAGUGACUAUAAAAACUAAAAUCAUUGUACACAUGUUAAAUUCAGGAAAAAACCAGAAAACAGGAAAUGACAUAAAGAAAUAUAAACUGAAAGUAACUUUAAAAUGUUUUUUUUUCAAAAAUUUCAACUAAGUUUUUUGGAUUGCUUCUUGAUAUAAGGAAAAAUGUAAGCUUAGUAAUACAAGGGCAGUUAGACCACAAAUUUAUAUUGCAGCAUUUUUUUUUAGCCCUCUCGUACUGUCAGAUGGCCCAUACAACUGAGACUUCCAAAUACUGUCUGCUUGCCCUUAACAACAAUAUGGUGUUUGGGUUUGCACCUCCUGAAGCCUUUUCAAGACUGUAAAAGUUUGGUUAGUUGUACAGUGUGAGUCCAGCUUGAUAUUUCUCAGACGUAAAGAUGCUGUCAAUUCUAGUCUUCAAUGUAGUCCUUAGCAACAAAGGAUGGCCCCCUCCUUGUGAUUCUGAGGCAAAAUCAGAACCCUUCCAACCAUUGUGAUCCUACAGUCCUCAUACUCUAGACAGAAUCUCUUUUAGUUUUCUUUCUGGCCCCAGUAAAAACUUUAUUUAUUCUAUCUAAAAGGCUUUAUGUUUAUACCUUCAACUGGAUCCUUCUCAGGAAGGGUCAGGAUGGAAUUAAGCUGAGGGUCUCACCUUUUAACAUCAGAAGAUUUUAUUAAGCCCUUAAUGUAAGGCUUAAUGCAGGAACUAGUCGAAAAUCAGAGUACAAAGCAUCUUUCUCUUAGGGUUCUUGGGCUUAUAAUUAUGUAACUCUAGUAAUUAGUAAAAAUUUUAUAAUAAUUUGGCAAUUAGUAUAAUUAGUAACUUUAGUCGCUGAUUUUAAAGAAGCCCAGGAGAGAUAAGUUAAAGUGACCAUCGAAGGGGCCAUUUUAGGUGUGCUCAAGCUUUGUUUCAUAUGGUCUUAAAACAGUGUUACUAUAUAAUUUAGUAACUCAUACUAGUGGUAUAAUACUAGUGGUUAAUAGCUCUGACCUUCACAUGUUCUCAUCAUUGGUGCAUGCUUAAAAUCUGCACCACCUCCACCCCAAAGUCCACAAUCUCAGCAGACCAUACAGUUCUAUAGGCAGUUUAGCUGGCCAUCAGUGGUCCCCACUGAAACCCCAAAGGGCAGUUGCAACUCAUUAAAUUGUAGGUUAUUACCUUUUAGGAUUUUAGGUAGCAGCAGUCCUUGAUCCAAUGUCUGCUCUAAAAUUAUAGGGGACAUAUUGUGGCAUAUCAUUUCUGGUAUUUCUUCUUGGUUCUUAAAAACAACCACAUUUUCUGAUAUUCUAGAUAACAAAUUUCUCUAUUCUCUUUGCCAACUGGACUAAGUUGCUAUGGCCUGGUAUUCUUGAUGUAUGUCUGCUGUAGCUCCUGGAUGUUGUUCCUUGAUACCUGCUUGUGCCAGUACUGAUGGUCUGGUUAGUGGCUGUUGUCUACUAGCUUGCUUUGCAAGCCAAAAAGGGAUGAAAAUUACAAUUUCAAAAAAUCUGACUCUCAGCUAGCCAUGUUUUGUCUCCCCAAGUAUGGAAUAUAAAAGAAAUUUAAUGUGAUGAUUUAUAUUUUUACGUGUAUUCAAUGACCUUUGACCAAAGCAAUGAAUUUUAAUAAAAUGAAAAUAUCAGUGUAUUCAUACGCUCAUUAAUGUCUAUAGCCAUAUUCAGGUUUUGUUAAAGAAUCUCAUUGUUCAUAGUCCAAAUCCAGAAAAAAGAACUGUGGAAUCUAGAUGCAGGUUGAACCAUACUAUUUCUACUUUUUUUGUUUUUCUCUUUUGUUCUGAUUUCUCUUUCAGAGCAUGACUAAUGUAGA